UUGUCAGUCGAAAGAGAAGAUAUUGUUUUAUGGAGGCGUAAAUAUCUGAGGCAAAUAAAAGAAUACAGAGCCGCUAAUAAAACCAUUUACUAUCUUGACGAAACGUUGGAUACAACGGUAAAAAAUAAAAGACAAGCUUUUCUAGAUGGCUUAUCAGCCGGUCCAAAAGCUCGAACAGGAAAAGGUAAAAGGUUAAUUGUAUUGCACAUUGGCAGCGGCAAAGGAUUCGUGGAAGAUGGUCUACUAGUAUUUGAAUCUAAGUCUACAAAAGACUAUCAUGAAGAGAUGGAUGGUGAAAGAUUCCUUAAUUGGUUCAUUAAUAUAAUGCCUAAGCUAGAACCAAGAAGUGUGGUUGUCAUGGAUAACGCUCCCUAUCAUUCGGUAAGAGUCGAAAAAAUACUAACAACCAGCUGGAACAAGCAGCAAAUAAUAGAUUGGCUGCAAAGCAAAGGCAAAUCCAUGGACAUGACUUAUUUAAAAAAAGAAUUAUUAAUGAAAGUUGCCGAAAUCGCCCCACAAUAUAAUAAAUAUUUAAUAAAUAAGACUGCCAAAAGUAAUGGCAUAACAAUUCUUCACCUACCGCCUUACCAUUGCAAACUUAAUCCAAUUGAAUUGGUUUGGGCCCAAAUAAAAAAUUAUGUUGGUGCCAAUAACUCGACGUUCAAAUUGAGUGACAUAAAAAAAUUAUUAGAUGACGCAAUAGCAUUAAUAGACGCUAAUCGUUGGAAGAAGUGCUGCGACCACGUGAUACGCGAAGAAAAUACCAUGUGGAAUUUGGAUGACAUCAUGGAACUUGCAGAACAAAAUUCUUUCAUAAUUAAUGUAACUGGAGAAUCUAGCGAUACUGAUUAG